AUGCAGUCUCCACUCACCGUCUUCUUCAUGCUACUCUUUGUGCUGCUGUGUUUCCUGGGCAUCGUGGCCAAUGGCUUCAUUGUGGUGCUGCUCAGCAGGGAGUGGCUGCGGCGUGGCAGACUGAUGCCCUGGGACACCAUCCUCCUUAGCUUGAGCGGCUCUCGCUUCUGCCAGCAAGGCGUGGGGCUGGUGAACAGCUUUUACUUCUUCCUCCACCUGGUUGAGUAUUCCAGGAGUGCGGGCAGGCAACUCGUUGGCUUCCACUUGGAUUUCUUCAAUUCAACCACCUUCUGGUUUGGUACGUGGCUCAGUGUGGUGUUCUGCCUCAAGGUCGCCAACGUCUCCCACCCUGCUUUCCUCUGGUUGAAGUGGAGACUCCCAGGAUUGGUGCCUCGGCUCCUGCUGGGCUCCGUCUUCAUCUCCUUCAUUGUAACCCUGCUGUUCUUCUGGGGCAACCGCAUGGUGUAUCAAGCAUUUUUAAUCAGCAAUUUCUCUGGGGACCUGAACUUUAAUGACUGGAGCAAGGGGCUGGACAAUCACUAUUUCAUGCCUCUGAAGCUGACCACGAUGGCCAUUCCUUGCUUUCUUUUUCUGGCCUCAAUCUUGCUGUUGAUUAGUUCUCUUAGGAGACACACCCAGAGAAUGCAGCACAACGCCCACAGCCUGCAGAAGCCCGGUGCCCAGCCUCAGAGCAGAGCUCUGCAGUCCCUGGUCUCCUUCCUCAUUCUGUAUGCACUAGCUUUCAUGUCCCUGGUCACAGAUGCCAUCGUCUUCGUCUCCUCAGAGAGCAAGUGGUACUGGCCGUGGCAAAGCGUACUCUACUUGUGCGUGUCUAUCCAUCCCUACAUCCUCAUCACCAACAGCCCCAAGUUUCGAGGCAUGUUCAGGCAGCUACUCCUCUGGGCCAGGGGUUUCUGGGUGACCUAG